CAGACGCUCUCCUUCUUCGCUCUUUUGUACGUUGUAAGCGAGCUGAAUAGUCGUUGUUUCAGAUGUCUUUGUUGGUUCUUUUGCGGUGGUGACUGUAUAGUCGAGAAUAGCGUGUUAUUGUCCAUACACGUCGAAGCGCAGCAAUUAAGAAACUGACCUCCAAUCAGUAACUGCGUGUUCAUUCGCUCUGUGUUUUCGAGAAUUAGAAACAUCACUAGCAACGGAGAGUCUUGAUGAGGGCUGCUUUUUCGUAUUUAUAUGCUAGAUUGUUAUUACAGACGAAUAGGAUAGUCCAGACCACGGCGGCAGCGGUAUCGCCAGCACGAGCAACAACAACAGCAGAGGUGCAACGUUGCGGUGGUGGGUGAUUGGUGUGGUCGGUGUUUGGCCUGUCGGUGUCGUCGUCGUCUGUUCGUUCCUUCGUUUGUUGUUUGGUCGUGGUACUACUUCUCGUGGUUUUCUCGUUUGUUCGUUGAUUGAAUGGUUGUAUAUUGGGCUUGGUCGUCACAUACUGGCCAACUACGCUUUAUUUGCACUCUCUUGAGAGUUAGUAGUUCGCACAUCUUCGUUAAUAAUCAUUAGAAAUUGCCACCCCUAGCUGGAACAGCUAGUAGUAACAAUUCUGUAGAACUGAACGACGCUUUGCAGCGGAGCCAAAUUGUAUCUGGUUUUAAGUGGGCACAGUGGCCGCCGAAUAGAAGGCCUGACGGAUCACGCACGCACACGCUCCAGCCAAUGAGUCAAUGCCAGCUAUAUAGGGCAAAAACGUCACUUGAAGAGAAGUUUGCUGAAAUCGAGCGGUCUUAUAUUUUAAAGGCGAAAAAUGAAGAGAAAUCGCGCACGAUGACGCAGGAACGUAAAGGUUCUGUGGUAAUGCAGGGCACCCUGCGGGACAUCCUUACAGUGAUUGAAAAGAAAAUACGUAACCUCGAAAAGAGAAAGACUCGCUUGGAGCAGGUUGAGAAGGAUGUAGAAAUGGGAAAGGAGGUUAGUGAAAACCAGCGUUCAGCCCUCUCGAAGAAGGAUCAGGUGUCAGAUAUGCUAGAAGUGUGCCGGGAUUUUUUGCAAACGGCAGAACAGUUGGCAAAGAACGAAGAAGCCGUCGCGCGUACCCGUGCGAAAAAGGAACAACGCGAAGCUAAUCAGAGAACCAUUGAUACCCUUGGAAAGGUGAUGCGCUUACAAUUUUUGCUCGGCGAGGCUCUCCGUCGAGAAGAAUCCGAUGACGAUAAUCGAGCAUUAGAAGCGCUUCGUCAAUCUGUUGAUGAAGCGAGCGCAAAGGAUUUCGGGAAAGUUGCUGAACUUUGGUUAAAUGUACUUGAAGCAAAGCCUAAGGAAUUCGUUGCAGGUGUCACGUUUGAGGCUGUACACGCAAAACUGUCUUCAAUGGGUGAACUACUGGCUAAGUUGGAUGAGGUAUCACUAUGUACGGACGGUCUAGAAAAUUCUGGAAAGAACGAGGGAUUCGGGCCUUUAACUAAUAUUCGCGGCGAUUCGCCUUUAAACCCGGACGCCGUGAUAUCGGACAUGGAAUCCACAACAGGUGGCAUCGUGGAAACCCAGCCCUCAGAAGAACCGCCGUCCAUGCAUAAUGUGGGAUCAGCUGGAGACCAACAUCAACAGCUCCCUCUCGAACAGACAGAUAGCUUUUCGACUGUGACAGCCCCCAGUAUGCAACAACUUCAGCAACAGAUCCAUGACCAGCAAAUGGCUUCUACUCACCACGCCGUUUCCCCUGUACCCGCAGUUCAUCACCAUCCUGCUGCCAUUCUACUCAAGGGCAAGAAGGGCGGUGAAGACAUGUUCUGUACGGUGGCCUUCUACUCGCACGCUCCGAUUGACGACUACCGAUAUCUCCUGCCGCCUCGCGAACUUGUGCCUCCUAUUCCGCAGGUUAUAAAUCAUCAGAGUGCUCAUCCGGCGCCGCAUCCUGGUGUUCACCAUGGGACUAGUCACGGGCAUCAUCCCAGCCAUGGUGGCCUUAUGGCAGUUAUUCCCGGUAUGAAUGUCGUCCCAGUGUCACCGGUGCAGGAACAGCAGUCACAGUCAUUAAAAGAGGAGAAUAAUGGUGAUACGAUUCAGUUUGGGUCGGUUGAAAAUGCACUGACCGUUCAAUCUCAACAGCAUCACAUACAACCACCUCACCAUAUCAACGGGACUCCAUGUUGUGCUACCGAGCCGAGCCCCGCUGUUACGGUACCGGAUUUAGAUUCCAUGUUUGAAGAUCGUGAGUUUGAUUUCUUUCAGGAUGACCAGUUGCCAUCGACAUUUUCUAAUGCGUCUCCGUGCUCUGCUUUAGUACGUGUGCCCUCAUCAUUAGCCAGGUAUUACGAUCACAUGCACCCGUCGAGCAAAGGGUCACAAUCAUUAACUGUAGAUAAAAACCUCCCCAUUGAGAAGCAAAGAGAAAUCUACGAGGAUUGCAAAAGAAUGGAAGAAAACUUGUUUAUGCUCCGACAAAAGUUUGCACAAGGGUUAAAAAAUACGAGAAGUGAUGACACACAACAACAGAACGGAACUACGGAAGGGCAAAAAGUCGAUGCCACGAAUGAGAUUCGUAUAGCAGAACAACAUCCGCAACAUGGAUAUAACGCCAGAGAUAACAGAAGAUCUCCAAGAGACAACAACAGUCGCGGAGACCACCAUGAUCAGAGUCAGCAACAGCCGGUGCACAAGGGGAGCAGUAAUAAUAUCGGCUACUAUCGAGGAGCAAGUGCCGGUGGUAGCCGCGGCAACCGCAGCGGGCACAAAGGUGGCCAUUACGCUGAUUCAAGUGGACGAAACAACUGGUCAGAUAAUCGGAGAGGCGGAGAUAACAGCAGUAACAGUCGAGGGAACUCCUCUUGGAAUGGCCGUAAUGAUCGAGCUGGGUAUACUAACGGACCCCGGCAUCAUGGGGGCAACAAUGGCGGGGGCUAUGGCAACCGGAACGGCGGUAUGAUGACCCGCAGAGCGUAAGAACUACGGAGUUUAAAAGGAGAAAUGAGGGAAAGCAACGAAGUUGUCGCAGUGAUUGUAUAGGUAGCCCGUGGUAGAAUGCAAGGAGAUGGAAGAGAAAUAGGGUGACUUGUGGACGUCAACACAAUAGAGGUAACAAUUUCGGCUAGAGGAAAUUACUAUGAGGUACCGACGACAAGUGAUAAUGGUGACGAGAAUUGUAAAUUGCAGAAAAUAAUUUUUACCUGCUUUGAAAAAAAGAUUCGGUGGAAAUGGUAAGGUGGUAGAAAAAGAGAAAAGUGAUAUGCUAUAAAUAAUGUUUAAACUGUCUCGGUAGAUAGCUAUGCCGUUGAUACCGAUAUUUAAAAUAUGGUAGUAGGCGUUACUUAUUUCUGAUUAAACGAGGCAACGUUGCACAUAGAAGUCAGGCAGUAUACACAGUUGUACUUUUGUAGUUUGAAUCAUUUGCUCUUUUGUGGCAUGAAGAAGUGAGCGAACGCAAUAAUUUUCCAUCUAUUUCCUUCUUAUAGAUAUCGUUACUCUCCUGAGGGUUCGUUUGGCUUUGACCCCCCCCCCCCUUUUGUUUUUCUAAAUUGACGUUCGUCCAUGACUGUUUGAGUGCUGCAAUA